AUUGAGGAGAGCGGGUGCAGGACGUUCAAUGGCUGUUACUGUCGGGCUGACAAGACAUCUGUUUCAUUUAUUAACCAUUACAAAAGACAGAGAGUGAGGAGGAGGCUGCUGACUUAUGGCGAGGUGCCCGAGAGAAGAGCAAACCUGAGAUUCACUUUCAGCCAUGUCAGCCAAUGGGAGCUCAGAGACAGAGGUCAGGCCCACCAACAACACCUGUCGUCAGGAGGAACUGUCUGUGACUGCGUCAGUCGUCUCCAUGACCGUGGGCGUCUUUUCUAACAGCCUCGCUCUCUUCAUUCUGGUCAAAUCCUACAAUCACAUGAGGAUCAAGUCCAAGGCGUCCUUCCUGCUGUUCGCCAGCAGCCUGGUGAUCACCGACCUGCUGGGCCACCUCAUCAACGGCUCCCUGGUGCUUUUCGUGUACGGCUCCCUAAAGCAAUGGGAGACUUUUGAUCCUCAUCGCAUCGUGUGCAGCAUAUUUGGGGCAUGCAUGGUUUUCUUUGGCCUGAGCCCCUUGUUUCUGGGAAGUGCCAUGGCAGUGGAGCGCUGCAUCGGAGUCACCAGGCCCAUCUUCCACUCCACUGCGCUGGCUUCCUACCACAUGAAAAGGCUGCUGGGGCUCACCUGGCUGCUAGCGGCCCUAGUGGCCGUGUUGCCUGUGCUGCUGUGGAGGCCUUACAAGGUCCAGAGCUCCAGGAGCUGGUGCUUCUUCCACAUGGAGCAGCCCAAGGACUGGCUGGAUAUGCUUCUGCCUCUGCUUUUCUCUUUGCUCGGGCUGCUGGCAUUGCUGCUGUCCAUUGUGUGCAACACACUAACUAGUUGUGUUCUCCUGCUGGCCAGACUGCGCCGCAAGCAUCACUGCAGAGGCACAUCUUAUCACAUAGAGAUGAUCUACCAGCUGCUGGCUAUCAUGCUCGUGUCCUGCGUGUGCUGGGGCCCAUUACUGAUUCAUGUCAUCAUCCUAAGCACCAGCGCCACAGAUGAGUCCGCGUCCUUCAGUCUGCUGACGGUGAUCCGGAUGGCCACGUGGAACCAAAUCCUGGACCCCUGGGUCUACAUCCUCCUGAGGAAGGCCGUUCUGAGGAAACUCUUCACGUUGCUUCACAGCUGCUGGGGCUCAAAGUCCCACAACUUGCACCGCUGGCAGCGCAGCAUGCUCCGCAGCUCAGUGGAGACCAGCAUCUCUGGCGCUGGCCCGUCUGACUGCCGCUGCCUUGGUGGACUACCGCUCCCAGACACGGCCAUCAAAUCCAUCACCUAAACCUUGGUGUGAAAAGUUUCAUCCGAAAGAACAGGAUGUAGAUGUGAAGUCUGCUUUCAUGUUACGACAGGAUCAUCAUGAACUGGCAGCAUUGUUGUGCAGUGAAUCACUUCUUAUUCUUAACCUUCAGCUCUGCUUUGUGCAUCAGUGGUUUGUAACAAAAUCUGUCUGGACCACAAAUCUCAGUAUUACAGUUUCAGUGUGUCUUUCAUUCAACUUUGUUCUGUUGGAAAAGUUGCCAACUAUUUUUUGAAUAUUGCUGAAAUUUCAACAUAAGAGAGAUAUUUAUUGAAUGGGUUUGAACUCACACGUGAGGUAAAGUCACAACUAUUUAAUCAUUCUGCAGCUACAGAUAUACAGGACCUAAGAUCUGUUAGUCGUGUGAUAUUGGAUUAUAAAACGAACUGUUUCCAGGGGGUUAAUGGAGUUUAUGGGGGUUCUGCAGAACACAAACAUCUGCACCAGACUGUGCAAAAUAACAGAAGAUAGCUUAGCCUUAACACGUCACUUCUGAAUCCAAGGCAAACAGUGUACAGAGCAAGGCUGCUGGUCGGUACAUUAUGUCUUGGUAGAUGUGAUGUUUUGUAUCAGUGCUUCUGUACUCAUGUCACGUCUGUCACAAAAAUGAGGUUGUCUUGUCUGUACA